GUGUGUGAACCACGGUUUGGCAACGGAUCUCGUGCGUUGGAACGGCUUGGCUUUGCGUGCGAUUUGGCAGACCGAAUCAGUUUCUUGGCCGAUCACCAUCGGUCGGUUAAUAGGGUCGCGCGACCGCUUUACGGCUCAUCGCAAGCAGAGCGAGCGUGUGACGUUUCCGGGAUCGGUGGCGGGAUAAUGGUUGCACGUGGUGAUACCUGCACGCCCAGCGAGUUGGUGCCGCGCUUACUCUUCGGCGCAAUCGUGACGGCAAUUCUGCUCACGCAAGGAGCCCAUCCCUAUCGUUAUCAUUAUGAGGAUUAUGACACCAUGAUGGGCACUUGCCGGGAGAAUGAGGUGUGCAACAUCGUUCACCACCGUCACUGGAUGCCGAGCACGGUGGACAAGGUGUGCCGAUGCCCGCUCAACACACCCAGCUGCCCGGUAGUGCAUACGCGCCACGGCAACGUGAUGAACGUCAACAGCCGGACGCAGAUGAAGUUCUGCGCGCCGCUACGCAAUCUGCGCCCGUGUCGCGACGGUGAGAUUGCGCUGCGCCGCAAAACGCUGUACCAAUCGUACGGCGUGAAGAAUGUGUCGAUCGUGGUCGACUGUCUGUGCGACCAUCGGCAAAGCUACUGGACGUUUCACAACCGUUCCGGGGAGGACUUUAACGAUGCCCGCCAUCUGUUUACGGUGGUGCAGAACUACAAGUGUGUAGCAAUGAAGCGUUGUGCGGCGCACGAGUUCUGUGGCUACGGGAGGCGCGAUUAUGGGUUUAUCUAUCAUCGCUGCACCUGUCCCAUGUCGCACCAGUGCAAGUUCGAUCUGGACGAGUACGAGGAUGACGUCAGCGAGCUGUUCUAUCAAGGACCGGCAUACCUGGCCCGCUGUGUCCCCAUUUACGAUUACGACUGGUGGUGACUUACGGUGGUAGCAGUAUGCACUAACAACAGCUAUACUUACUUGGAUGGAUUGGUUGGCGACCGUUCGCGCGACUGAACGUGCUCGCUCUUCGAACCGUUCCGGUGGAACCGUUUCCGUUACUAGCCCAUAAUCCAACGCUACCGUAGCCGUCAAACGCUUGCCCAGCAGAAACAGAUCCGGCACCUGUUGGUGGUAAUGACAGCGGGAAAUGGAAUGGAUUGGAAAGAAAUAAAAACCAAACGCGUGCUACAACA